GGGGCGGGCCGUGCGCGCCUCGACCGGGACGCGUCAGGCGGCCUCAGUGCGGCGGCUGCCGGCGAAUCUCCAAAGUCUGCCCUCAGGUUGAACGAUGUCGGUCCUCACUACCGUGUUCAAGUAUGUGGAUGAAAAUCAGGAUCGCUAUGUCAAGAAGCUGGCGGAAUGGGUGGCCAUCCAGAGCGUGUCCGCGUGGCCCGAGAAGAGGGGGGAGAUCAGGAGGAUGAUGGAAGUCGCCGCGGCAAACAUCAAGCAGAUGGGCGGCUCCGUGGAGCUGGUGGACAUUGGAAAACAGAAGCUCCCUGACGGCACGGAGAUACCGCUCCCUCCCAUUCUGCUCGGCAGGCUGGGCUCCGACCCCAAGAAGAAGACGGUGUGUGUCUACGGCCACCUGGACGUGCAGCCGGCGGCCCUGGAGGACGGCUGGGACAGCGAGCCCUUCACCCUGCUGGAGCGGGACGGCAAGUUGUACGGGAGAGGCGCGACCGACGACAAGGGGCCAGUGGCCGGCUGGAUGAACGCCCUGGAAGCCUUCCAGAAAACCGGCCAGGAAAUCCCUGUCAACAUCCGGUUCUGCCUGGAAGGCAUGGAGGAGUCAGGCUCUGAAGGCCUGGAUGAACUGAUUUUUGCCCAGAAAGACAAGUUCUUCCAGGACGUGGACUACGUCUGCAUUUCCGACAACUACUGGCUGGGGAAGAACAAGCCCUGCAUCACGUACGGCCUCCGGGGCAUCUGCUACUUCUUCAUCGAGGUGGAAUGCAGCGACAGGGACCUGCACUCUGGCGUGUACGGGGGCUCGGUGCACGAGGCCAUGACCGACCUCAUCGCGCUGAUGGGCUCCCUGAUGGACAGGAAGGGGAAGAUCCUGGUCCCCGGCAUCCACGAGGCCGUGGCCCCUGUGACGGAGGAGGAGCUGGCGCUCUACGACAAGAUCGACUUCGACGUGAAGGAGUACGCCAAGGACGUGGGGGCAGAGACCCUGCUGCACAGCAGCAAGAAAGACAUCCUGAUGCACAGAUGGCGGUUCCCGUCGCUCUCGCUCCACGGGAUCGAAGGUGCCUUCUCCGGCUCGGGGGCCAAGACGGUGAUCCCUAGGAAGGUGGUCGGCAAGUUCUCCAUCCGGCUCGUGCCCAACAUGACGCCUGAGGCUGUCAGCGAGCAGGUGACCAAGUACCUGACUGGGAAGUUUGCUGAACUGCGCAGCCCCAACAAGUUCAAGGUGUACAUGGGCCAUGGCGGGAAGCCCUGGGUGUCCGACUUCAACCACCCGCAUUACAUGGCUGGGAGAAGAGCCCUGAAAACAGUGUUUGGCGUGGAGCCGGACUUGACCAGGGAAGGUGGCAGUAUUCCGGUGACUCUGACUUUCCAGGAGGCCACGGGCAAGAAUGUCAUGCUGCUGCCUGUGGGGUCGGCCGAUGACGGCGCCCACUCCCAGAACGAGAAGCUCAACAGGCGUAACUACAUAGAAGGAACCAAGAUGCUGGCCGCCUACCUGUACGAAGUGUCUCAGCUGCAGAACUGAGGGCACCGUGUCCUGUGCACCCGCCCUCCGCCCUCGCCCUCUUUUGACUGCUCAGGAGAGCCGCCUGUCUCCUCUUUCACACGUGGACACGAGAGCACCGGCCUGUCCCAUGCAUGAUGUGGCCUGCACUGGGCGGUGACCCACGUCCAGUCCCGGGGGCUGGUCAGCAGCCGAGACCGUCAGCCGAGUUCUCAGGGCUGCGCAGCAUGACUUGGUCUCCAGCUCUAAUGGCACAGGUUCUUCUGUAAAAAGUCCUGGCCCACGUCCAGGCGGCUGCGCAGAGACCUUGGUGCUUCCUGGCCCCACCCCGCCUCUGGCUCAGGCCGGGCCCGCUGGGGGUGUCCGCCCGGUCCCUUCCUCACCUCUUGCUGUCCCACCAGUCUGUCCUUCCCGAACACUGUACCCAUGGCGAACCUCUCCUGUCUCCUCCUUGCUGGCCCUCCAACCCCGAGUCUACCUGGAAGGACCGCGUGGUCCCAGUCUGUGCCGGGGAAUAAAAGGCGCAGAGGCCGCCUCUGGACGUGCUGCUGCCCUCUGGCUCCCGGUGCGGCUCAGGGAUGCGGGGCCUGUGGUGCGGGGGAGGUGGGUCUCCUCUCCC